AAGUGACAGUUACGCUUGGUCCUCGGUGCCGUGAGGACGCGUUUCGAAUGUGAGAUGGUUUUCUUAAUUGUAAACGAUAGUUUUGUUGUUACGGUUCAAAUUGUGUUAUCGUUGAGUUCAUUAAAGUUUGUUAUACUCAAAUUGAGUUUAUUAUUUCUUGCGUGAGCGCAUUCGCGAGUGAUUGUCGCGAGUGCAACAAUAUUAAAUAAAUAAAUAAUAAUACAACCAAAAGAAAAACCAAUAAAUUUUAAUUAGACAUAUUUUACGUAUGUGACAAAAGUAGAAAAUUGAAUUAUACAGCGGAAAUGAUACUACAUUCGUAAGUUUAAAGUCCUCCAAACUUGACGUAAUGGCUAAUUACGUCAACUGCUUAUAAAAACUGUGCUUUAGCGCUUCAUCAUCCAGUCUUCAAACAAUAUUCAAUAUUACAGUGACAUAGCGCAUUUUCAAAUUCAAGUAUCAUAAAAAGAUACCGCAACAAGUAAAACCAAAUAAAAUAAGAUAAGUAUAUUUGUAUCUAUUUUUCUGCAUUUGUAUAUCCAAUAAAACAAUUAGAAUUAUGGGUACCGAAAAAACAUAUCAAUCGUAUAUUAAUACCGAAUCCAGUGACGAAAUUGUUAUUUCUGGUAUCGCUGGUAGAUUCCCAGGCUCAGACAAUAUGAAACAAUUACAAGAAAAUUUAUUCAACAAAAUUGAUCUUGUUAAAACAAAUCGUCUUCGAUGGAAUAUAGAGCAUUUGGACAUACCAAUUCGCAUGGGGAUAAUUAAUAAUGUGGAGAAGUUUGAUGCCGAUUUUUUUGAUAUAUCUUUUAAGCAAGUAAAUGUAUUAGAUCCUAUGACAAGAAUGUUAUUGGAACAUACUUACGAAGCAAUUAUCGAUGCAGGAAUCAAUCCAAAAGAAUUACGAGGAAAAAAUACUGCUGUGGUCGUAGGAACAUGUAUGAUCGAAUCACAAGAAAAAUUUUUAUACGAGAAUUUGCCGAUAAGUGACGGAAAUAUCAUAGACUGUGCUAAAUCUACAUUAGCAAACUUAUUAUCAUAUUCAUUCGAUCUUAGAGGUCCGUCGCAAACGAUCGAUACUGGUUGUAGCACUAGUCUUUAUGCCAUGGCUGUUGCUAAAGAUUAUAUUACAUCGGGUCAAUGUAAUGACGCAAUUGUUGCAAGUGCACAUUUAUCUCUACAUCCAACUGUAAAUUUCCAAUUCUUUCGCAUUGGUAUUUUAUCACGUGAUGGAUGCUGUAGACCUUUUGAUAAUGCUGCAAGCGGUUAUACGCGUGCCGAAACAGUGUCGGUGGUAUACCUUCAAAAAGCUAAAAAUGCAAAACGAAUUUAUGCUAUUUGCAAGCAUGUUAAACUAAAUAAUGAUGGUUACAAAGAAGAAGGAAUAACAUAUCCAUCGACGCACAUGCAAAGCGCUUUAUUAACGGAGCUUUACAAUGAGUGCAAAGUACCACCACCCUACUUGGAUUACAUUGAAGCACAUGGUACUGCUACUACAGCUGGCGAUGCUCAAGAGAUCAAUGCUAUUCAUAAUGUUCUGUGUCAAAAUAGAAAAACACCAUUGAUGGUGGGCUCUGUAAAAUCCAACCUUGGUCACUCUGAACCCGCCAGCGGUUUGACACAAAUCGCUAAAGUGAUAAUAGCAUUUGAAACCGGUUUUGUACCACCAAACAUUAAUUUUACAUCACCGCGGAACGAUAUAGACGCUUUAAGGGAUGGAACCAUCUGUGUUGUCACAGAAGCAUUGCCGCUUAAAAAUGGUUAUAUAGCCGUGAAUAAUUUCGGAAUCGGUGGAGCCAAUGCUCACAUCUUAUUACAAUGGAAUGCCAAAAAAAAGAUUAAUAAUGGAGCACCUAAUAAUGAUUUGCCAAGACUUGUGGUAUUGUCUGGACGCACUGAAGAAACCGUGAAAUUGUUUCUAAAUGAUAUUGCUAAUCAUCCAAUAGAUGUAGAAUAUAUUCGUUUACUACACGACAUUCACACAGACGACAUAGAUGGUCAUUCAUGGAGAGGAUACAUUAUACUGGAUGCACAAAAAAAUUCCAUAAAAAAAGUUCAAAAUGUAAAAUAUAAAAGACCUAUUUGCUUUGUAUUCUCUGCCUUAGAAUCGAAAUUGCCAGAAAUGGGUAAAGAGCUAUUAAAAUUUCACGCAUUUGCGAAUGCCGUAAAAAUGUGCGAUGCUAUUUUAAAACCGUAUGAUAUAAGUAUUACGAACAUUUUGACGAAGAUUGAUAAAAGAUUAAACGAAAGCGCUUUACACAACUUUGUUGGUAUCAUCGCCUUCCAGAUUGGUUUAGUAGAUCUCCUAACAUGCUUAAAUAUUAUUCCGGAUUAUAUGAUUGGGCAUUUUGCUGGUGAACUCGCUUGUGCUUAUGCGGAUGGGUGUCUAACUAUGGAACAAACAAUUCUAUCAGCGUACUUUAUUGGAAUAGCAUGUACUAAAGGCAAAUCUGUUCAUAGUUCUAUGAUAACUGUUAAUCUUGGUUACAAUGCUCUUAAAAGCACAUGUCCGACGGAUAUAGAAAUAAUAUGCCGUAACAGUCGAAACAGUAAUAUUGUAAAUGGCCCCGUAAAAUCCAUAGAAAAAUUUAUACAAAAAUUACAGGAUAAUAAUAUUGACGUGAAAGAAAUCUCUUGUAAUAACAUAUCGUACCAUAGUCGUUACCUCGCAUUUGUGAAAACGCAACUAUUAUUUCAUUUAAACCAAAUAAUACCACAACCAAAAGAACGGAGUUCAAAAUGGAUCAGCACUUCUGUACCUCGCUAUAAAUGGUCCAAUGUAGCGUCAAAAUUAUGCUCAGCAAGCUACCAUACCAGUAGUAUAUUAAAUACUGUUCUUUUUGAACAAACAACGCAUAUGAUCCCAGAUAAUGCCGUGAUUAUCGAAAUUUCACCAGUUAGCAUUUUGCAGGACAUUUUGAAAGAAUCGGUACAUGCAAAAUACAUAACGAAUAUUGUAUUGACUAAGCAAAAUGAACCAAAUGCUAUAAAUUUAGUACUGCGAGGGAUUGGAGAACUCUACAACUGUGGCUUCCAACCGCGGAUCGCCAAUUUGUAUCCGCCGGUGAAUUUUCCGGUUAGCCGAGGCACUCCUAUGAUCUCCCCAUCUAUAAG